ACGAUUUUUUUUUUUGGUUUUUUGUUUUUUUUUUUGUUUCUGGCUGCCACACUUGGAAAAUUGAAUUGUUUUAGAUUUUCCUCCAUUUUCGGGCUCUCCUUGGCGCAGCGUAUAAAUCAAAUUGGAUUUUCUUGUGCACUUAAAUCCGAAUGGCCAAUCGGAAGUAAGCCCAAAACUCAAUCAGUGGCUGACGAUGAAAAGUUCAUUAGUAGGCUGGCAGCUAAACGUUCAACGGCAUUUAUUCUAGUAAUCCAUUGAAAUCGGCAUCCGAGCAUGUCGUUUAUUCGAAAUUUGCUGGACUCGCCAAACGGCUGGACUCAACUAAAUCGAAAUAUCAAUGAAAUGAGGGGACUGAAUAGCUGCUUUUAUUUCUUUGGCUUGAAAACGGGCUGCAAGUUGAUAGCCGUUUUUGAAGCUCUUGUCAAUGUUCUGCAAAUGUGCAGCAUUUACAAGGCGGAGAUGGAAAUGGAAGUGGGAUUAGGGACCACCACAACGGAGUCGCUGGAUUCGCUAAUGGUCACUAGGGAACCUGAUGGGGAUAUGCUCGGACCCAACACGACAAUGCCUAUCUUUGAAACAAAUCUCUAUUUUAGCAAGACCCUACACUCCUUGACUGUGCUCAGGUCUCUACUGCUCUUUGUGGGUGCCGAAUGGGGUCACAUAUCCUGUCUAGUCCUUUGGAUUUGCAUUACAGUUAUAACCGUGAUGAUAAGCACUUUAAUUGAAAUUAUGCAAGAAACAACAGACCUGCAGAAAUUGUUCAUUUGUACCCUUUCAAUUUUUCUUGAAAUCUAUUUCUGCGCAGUAGUUUCCUCCUUAAUUUUGAAAUUGCAGAAAAAACUUCGUCCCUGUGUUCAGGAAACGGUAGUGCUUUUUACACAAAGCGAGGAAGCUUAAUUAUAUGCAAGAUAAUGUAAUGGUACCACAUAUGUAUAUUUAAAAUAUAUCAAGGUCCUACUUGUAAAAGUAUUUGCGUGUCCUAUUUUUAAAAGCAAGUACUCUUAAUGAAACAGAAUAAAUUUCUAUUGCUAGAACAAGACCAUAAUAAUAAAUGCUCGCAAUCUAAAUGGUUUUUAGCUUAAUUACAAUUUAUGAUUAUUUCUAUCGCUUGUAAUUAAAAUGAAUACUUUGUUGGGUAAAUAUUUAGUUAUAGCAUGCCUGGCCACUACAACCAAUUUUUGAGCUAGGCUAUAUAGCAUAUGCACAGAUUGCUACUUAAACAUGCUGAUAUUUAUGGCUAAGUAAUUGCAUUUGCAUUCGAAAUCAUGAAAUAUACACACGCGGCGCGAAAACUUGCACAUUUGCAUGGAAAAUUCACGCAAAUGUGCACAAACCGUACGAGUGUGUCUCAAAAAUUGAUUGCACUGGCAAAUUGAACAGGAAACAAAGGCUGAAACGCUCGUUAUCGCAAUAACGAGAAUUUCAUCGUCGAAAAUUGAAACCAAAUAUUGGUGGUAGGGGUAUCAUAUCGAAUAUCGAGUAUCAAGUAUCGACUUUA